GCGUGAAAGAUUAGAUAAAAUAGCUUCCUAUCUUGGUUUAGACUUUGAUUAUUUUUCUGCUAUUUCUAAAAAUGAUGAACAAAUUCUCCGCAAGUAUGGAACCGCAUUUAUGACCCCUUCUCAAAAAGCUUGUUAUUUAAGUCAUUAUUUUAUCUAUAAAGAAAUAAUUUAUAAGGGCUAUAAUAAUGCCUUAAUUUUAGAAGAUGAUGCAGACUUUGAACUUAACAUUACUGCUAUUAUGACGGAUAUUCAUCGUGAUUUACCUGCUUCCUGGGAAACCUUAUACAUAGGUCAUUGCUUUGAACCUGUCGGUGAGCAAGUCGGAAGAAGUUCUUCUGUCCAUAGAUUAUAUAAAUCUGUAGUUCCAAUGUGUCUGCAUGCUUAUGCUGUUUCAUAUUCGGGAGCCUGUAAAUUAAUAGAACUACUUGAUCCCGUGAUUCCACUUGGGCCAGUUGAUUUUUCUGUUAGUUUAGUAGUCAAUGAUAGGAAAGUUAAUUCAUUCUCUGUUCACCCACCUACUAUCUCGCAAUGGAAAGCACCUGACAACACAUCCGAUAUUCCUGCGUCAAAAAUAAUAUCCUUUAGUUUACUAAAUUCAACUUUACAUUUUCUUGGGCAUAAUAGUUAUUAG